AUGGCUUCUAAAGAGAUCCAUGUUGUUGCCACUUUCAAACCAAAGGCCGAUAAAAUAGACGAUGUUGCAAAGAUUCUUGCUGAGUCCGCCGCGAACAUCCACAAGAAGGAGCCAAAUACCUUAAGGUUCUAUUUGCUAAGGCCUAAGAAAGGAAACGAGCUCAUCGCCGUCGAGAAAUAUGCGGACGCCGGCGCUCUCAAGGUCCAUGGCGGCACGGAAUACUUCAAGGCGAUGAUCGGCAAAGUCACACCAUUGUUAGCUGCACCGACAGACUUGAAAAUCUGCAACUUUGUCACCGGGUUUGAGGGUAGACCAUCCAAGCUAUAA